AUGGAUUAGCGUCGUUUUUGUUUGCAGAUAAGAGCUUUUGUAAAUACUGCCAGUGUAGUAAAUAUAAGUACUUUGCAUGACGAAGAAACAAAAUGCUUUCGGGCAGAAGUUCAGGAAAAUACCAAAGCGAAAAUGAUGACAUAGAAUACAAUAUUGCUUUUCCAAAUGCCAGCAGUGAUGAAACAGAAGCUGUUGUGUUUUUACUUGGGUGGGCUGGAGCAGAAGACAGACAUUUAGCCAAGUAUAGCAACAUAUAUGAAAAGCAAGGAUGUAUUACUAUUAGAUAUGUUCACCCUGUUAGCAAAGUAUUUGGACAUGACCCUUCUGACUCAAGCGAACACAAAGAAACCGCGAGGAAACUUCUCGCGUUACUUGAUGAUUAUGACUUGGUGGAAAAUCCUGUGUUCGUUCAUGCAUUUAGCAACGGGGGCUACUUUGUUUAUAGGUUUCUAGCGGAUGAAUUUCAAAAAAAUGAGGUGAAUGUCGUUGGAGCUAUCUUUGACAGUUGCCCUUCCAAGUUGGAAUACUUAGUUGCAACAAGGGGGUUGUUAUACUCUGGUGUGCUUCCUAAUAUGUUUGUAUCCAUACUAUGUAUCUUUGUGUUUACUUUCCUGUACAUGUGGGUGAAACUGAAGAUAUUACUUGGUCUUACUGAUGGUCCACUUAUGUAUGAGGCAAUGCAGGAUUCGCCAUUCCACUCUUGGCCGCACUUGUUCUUAUACUCAAGUGCUGAUGUAAUAGUUCCACUAAGGCAUAUUGAAGACAUGGCCCUUGCAAGGGAAAAGGCUGGUGCGACGCUCGUUGUUAAACACAACUUUGAAACAUCUCCACAUGUUCUGCAUUUAAAACAAUACCCAGAACUAUACACAGAGAAAUGCUUGAGUUUUGUGGAGGAAUGCUUACAUAUUUAUGACGGGGAAGAAAUGCCAUUGGAAGAUGGAGAAAUACCGGACUCUAACCUAUGACUUUAACUGCUUAUGUUAGCAUGCGCUGCUUAAUGCUUGCACGGGUAGGCUAGCUCACUUUACACAAGGUUACAUUUGUUCUAUAAGAACUAUACUAGAAAUGUGGAAGAGAUCUUCUGGCGUUUGUUUGUUGUGUGAUUUUAAGGGCCGAUGUUUCGUCGGCUAUUUAGAAAGACAUCAUCAAGGUUUACUGGUAGUGAUAAAUGUCAAGUUAUGCCUUGCUGUAUAGCCCUGAUAUUGCCUCACCAUAUGGCAGACAAAACAUUGGUCCUUUAAGAUCUUAGGAUAUCUUUCACACUUCUAAUACAUAUACCUAUCGCCAA